AUGUGCGACGGGGCGGUGGAGGAGGAGGAGGAGGAGGAGGAGGAGGGAGUGGUGGCGGGAGUGCUGGCGGGAGUGGUAGCGUCGGUAGCGGCGGUGGAGGCGGUGGCGGCGGAGGGGGUGGCGGCGGCGGUGACGGCAGCGGUGGCGGCGGCGGUGGCGGUCGGGGAGGCGGUGGCGGCGGCGGUGGCGGUCGGGGUGGAGGCGCUGGUGCUGGCCAGAAACAGCAGCAGCAGCAGCAGCGUUCCCGUACGUCCCAGCAGCUUCGUGAGUGGCUUGCUCAGCGUGGGACGUCUCGGUGUAGUGGUCGCUACCCGUAUGUCAUUCGCACAGGUGACCGCAAGGGUCAGACAUGCGGGAAGUUUCACACCCAGCACCGCUGCUUCUCCCGCCUUGACGACGCCUGGCGUGAGGAGAUGGGCGAGGAGGUUAAGCGCCCUCGCUGGUAUGGCUGGUGUAGACAUCUUUGCUCUUGACUAUGAUGCUAUUAUUGCUACUAUGUAUGCAUUGGAGGUUAGUGUUGACGGCGACUGA